UAGACUUUUAACAAAAAAUAAAUCAGUAAUUUAAUUACUUUGAGUCAUAAAUUACAUAAUAAUAAAAUCUAUGAUAUUGUCUAAAUAAAUACAAUAAAUUUAUCAUUUCUCUAAAUAUUUAUUACAUAAAAUUUUAUGAUGUAUUUUGAUCAUGUAUCAAAAAAUAGAAUCGAAUUUGCUAAAUAUUUUGUACUUGAAAAACGUUCCUCUUGAUAUUAUAUAAAAGAAAAAUAACUGUAAAUUCCCCUUCUUUGCGCGCCACCUGCUGACGACAUAAAGAGAGAGUAAACAAAAGCGAAUCACAUUCGUGACACCGGUGUCGAUCAGUGAACGUCGUCAUCAUUGUUCGUGUUUAAGAACGGUUCACGUUGUAAUGUAUGUUAUUUCAAAUACAAGUCGAUCGCGAACGCGCAAUUCGGCAGGAACGAAUUAUCGCGUGUUUUUUCGAUAUUUUAACGAUCGCGGAGUUGAAACAAGUAUGUCAUGCAAGGAGUGGGUUGGUGAACGUUAGAUACGAGGACAUUUGUGUCGAAUCACAAUUCCCGACAGACAAUUCCCGAAAACGAAAAAGCGGUGAAUUAUCCUGGCGCCAAAUCACGAAGGGGUUGCAAAACGAUGAUUUUGGCUCGAUAUUCGUCAUAUAUUUACAAAGUAGCUGCCAGUCAUGAAUUCAUCUCUGACCGGCCAAUUGGACGAGUAGAGAUCUAUAGUUCAACAAUUCCUAAGAGAUAUGAAGGAACACUCAGCCUCGUCUCGAUUUGAAAAUAGGGAUGUGCCUCAAAGAUCGCAAAGUAGCGCAGCCAGUUUAAUGUCUUUAGGUGCUGACAUAUCUCCCAGUUCUUCCCAUUUUUUUGAGGUGCUCUAUGUGGGAAAAAUCAAAGUAUCACAUCCAAAGGUAUCAGAGACCUUUAUAGAUGAUGCAUUAGUAAGAUUUCGUGUUCAUGGUCUUGAAAAAUCAAGAUCAUCGGCAAAUAAUUUUCUCGCCGACUAUCAGCGACAAUCACUUUUAACGUCUUCCAAUAAUAGAAGAAAUAGCACGGAAUCUAGUGCUAGCGAAACUGGAAGUAUUGAAAAUGUCUCUGGAAGUGGUAUCAUACCUGUGGUCAACUCACUUGGUGUACCAUCAACUCUUACGGGGUCCGUGGAAACGUUUCCAAAACCGCAAAACGUUAAUUUCACAGAAAAAGAUGAGCGUGAAGAGAAUCGAGAUGUUACAAACAAUAAUUCUAUGCAAGUACCGGAAGUUAUGCGAAAUCGCGCGUCCUCCACGGGUAGCGUAUUGAAUACUAGGAGGGAUUCCAUUGUACGAGGGGGUGAUGAACAUAAUCGCACGAUGCUUUUCCAGGUAGGCCGACAUGAUUUAAGAUUGAUCAGUCCAGAUAGGAAACAGGUAUUGCUUCAUAAACAACUCAGAGAUGUGGCAAGUUGUGUGCAAGGCAUUAAGAAUCCAGAGCAUUUUGGUUUUAUUUGCAAAGAGAAUAAUGUGGAUUUUUUCAUUGGCUAUAUAUUUAAGUGUCAAUCGGAAUCCGUUGCAGAUGAUCUUGUGGCUGCAAUAUCACAAGCGUUUGUUGGGACAUGCGAAGUUCCAAGAAAAGAACGAUAUUCCGUGUUUUCAUGCGAACACUGCCCCAUGUAUUGGUAUAGCAAGUUAUGCCAGGAAAUUGAAGGACAAAACGACAGGAGGACUCAGAAUAUAAUUUUUUCGCGGAUGGAAAUGCUACCAGAAGAUGAACAAGAAAUUGUCGUUAGCAAAUAUAAAAGCGCUGAAGCUGCUGGCGGCACAGGAACAACUUUACGCGAACAAAAUCAAUUUUUAAUAAGGCUUUUACGAGUCCAUUGCGAGGCGAAACAAGCUAGACAUGUUCAUGAUACAGCUGAAAAUAGGAGUGAAUUUCUUAAUCAGUACUUAAGCGUAGGCGUCGGAAGCACAAUAUUUAAAAAAGCAAAACGUUCGCUUACAAAUAGUUUUGAUAAUCUCAUGAAAAGAAAGGGUUCGCGGGACGACCUUGGAAUUGGUUCACAUCUGAGAGAUAUGAGCCAUCUUAACACUGUGAUACACAAAAGCGGUAGCCAAAGCCCUGACAAUUCACGACAGUCGUCUAUAAUUGAUACUUCACCGGAUUCUAGUAGACCCAGAUCUUUAAGGGUUUCACCUGAACAACAAUUGACUGUGAAUACUGGACCAAAGAGUUCUAUGAUGGACAUAUUUCUAAAAGUGGGAAAUUCACCAAAAAUGUCUCCAACAGAGACAGAUGGAAACAACUCAGUACAGUCAAAUAGCUCAUGGAGACAAGCUAUAUUGAAUCGAGUUGUAACUCCUAAUAAAGAUCAUGAAAAAGAAAGUGAUAAAAUGGAAAAUAUUGGUAUUAAAGUAUCUCAAACACCACCAAUACGUAGAACGAAACAAGAAUUAAGAGAUCUUUGGAAAAAGGCUAUCAAUCAACAAUUAAUACUUAUUAGAAUGGAGAAGGAAAAUGCAAGACUUAGAGUUCGUCAAGAAGAAGCGACCGUUAAAAGAAUAAAAUUGGAAUAUGAUGAGCUUAGCAGUUGUGUUCGUGAAUUAGUAGAAGUGUGGGAUCUUCUUGUAAGCAAAGAAUCAAGAGUUUCUACAAAAUGUGAUAAUCAAAUGCUUUUACAAGCUAUUAAGCAAGGUGUACCAAAAGGGAAAAGAGGAGAAGUAUGGCAAUUUUUGGCCGAGCAAUUUUGUUUGAAGCAACCGCCUAUAGAUACGCGCGAUUUUCCUAAUUAUAAUACACCAUAUGAUUUACUUUUGAAACAACUUACGUCCCAGCAACAUGCAAUUUUAAUAGAUUUAGGACGAACAUUUCCAAAUCAUCCAUACUUCAGUUCACCUUUGGGUCCUGGACAAUUAGCUUUAUUUAAUUUAUUAAAAGCUUAUUCACUUUUGGAUCAUGAGGUUGGUUAUUGCCAAGGUCUUAGUUUUGUAGCUGGUGUUCUUCUUUUACAUAUGUCAGAAGAUCAGGCAUUUUUUCUCUUGCGACAUUUAAUGUUUCGAAGGGGCUUAAGGAAAUUAUAUCUUCCCGACAUGGCAGCAUUACAAUUGUACCUCUAUCAAUUAUCCAGAUUAUUACAUGAUAGAUUAGCACUAAUUUAUAAUCAUUUCGAUAAACAUGAAGUUUCACCUACCCUAUAUGCUGCACCAUGGUUAUUAACUUUAUUUGCCAGUCAAUUUCCACUUGGUUUCGUAACUAGAGUUUUUGAUUUACUUUUCUUAGAAAGCACUGAAGUACUUUUUCGGGUAUCAAUGGCAUUAUUACAGGAACAUCAGGAUCAAUUAUUAAAAUGUGAUAGUUUUGAAGAAAUUAUGGAGUAUCUCAAAACGCGUGUAUCAGCUGUAGAUAAAGAGAUUCUAGAUCGAGUUAUGAAACGUGUAUUUUACCCAGAUCAAGAGAUUACAAAACAAUUAAACGAGUAUAGAGUAGAGUAUCAAGUAUUGCAGGAAGAAAUGAUGUCAGUAAAACCACAAAUUGAAAGUUUAGAGAAAUUCAAGUUACUUAAUAAGCAACUUACACAAGAAGUCACACAACUUAAUGAACAACUUGAAAUGACUAUGAAUAACUUACAUCGUUUGGAAACAGCACGAUCUGUACAACAAUCGACUUUGCUAAAACUAGAAUCCCAAAAUCGCAGUUUAGAAGUGACUGUUGCCACGUUAGGUGCGUUUAUUCAACAAUUAUCUGAAACUCGAUCAGAUAUCGAAUUUCCUGGUGAGAUUCGUCGAAUAAUCGCUCAGUUAAGUUUAGCUGAGAAACGAAGAAGUACAAUCGGUAGAUCAUAUCCUCUAAAAGUGAUCGAGGAUAAUAAUAAGAUUGGGAUGAUUAAAAGUAACUCUACAGGUAGAGAAUCUCACAAUUUCUUAAAAAAUAAUGUAAUAGAUACUCCUUAUCCUUUAAAAUCUACAUUAAGUCAACCAAAUUUGGCUACAAAACUUGAAAGAGUUUCUUCAUUCUUCUCGAACUCGCACAAUCAUAUUCAAAAGCAACGAGCACAAUUGGCUGCUCUUAGAAAUGAAUAUGCGAACGAGCAAAGUGUUAGAAAUGAUGAAAAUGACCCGAAAACGGUGAAUAUAGAUAUUCAAAUCACAGAUACAGUAAAUUCGAUUGAAGAACAGAAUAUAGUGCAGAAUGAUAAUAAUUUGAAGAUUCAAGAAGUCAACUUGGAGAAGUCAGUUUCGUUACCAUUGAACACAAAAAUGAAAUUGAAGUCAUCAAAGUCAGCAUACGAAUUAGGAUCUGUUAAAAAAGUACCAAUUACUAAAUUGGAAGUUACUACUGAUGACGAUAUAACGAAUUUAACUGGAACAAUACAUCCUUUAGAUACUUGUAGUGAUGUGAAUUUCAGAUAUGGCGGUACAACAAAAUUAAAAUCAAUCAAACCAGCAAGACUUUCAAGUCCAAGUAAUCAAGAAGAAAGCAUAAACAAGAAUGUUCAGAAUCAGAAUAUGGAAACAUUAAAUAGAUAACAAUUGCUAAUGAUAUUGCGCUCAAAAAAGAUAUCUUGGAAGAUAACUAAUUUAAGAAAAAUCUAUCCAAAAAAUUAAAUAUUAACAGAAUUGUAUCAUAAUUUUACCUUUACAUUUCACAUGCAUUAUUUUCUCUUAUAUACAAAUACUUUUUGAUACAAUAAUGAUCAAGUUUCAUUUUUUAAGAAAAAUAUUGUCUAUAAAAAAUAGAUUGUCGAACAAAAAAUACAAAUACUAAGACUUGCAUUCUCUUUAUAUGAUACUUAUAUCAGUGAUUUAAUACUAUGUGAUAGAGAAUGGAAAAAAAAGGAAAAUAAUAAAGUCAAUUUAUGAUAUGUAAUUUGAAUUGUCAAAAAUAUAAUUGAAUUUAUUUAUAAGAACAUAUAUAUGUAUAUAUAUACACAAAAGGCUUAGAACAAAACUAAGUUAAUAACAAAAAAUAUUUGAUUAUAGAAGAAUAAAAAAAAUAUUUAUAUAAAUAUAAAAUAAAUAUAUAAACCACAGUUGAGAAAUUAGAAUUCAAAAUGACAUAAUAAACAACACAAGAAACAGUUUAUAUUGAGUUUUGCAAAAUAAUAAAAGUAUAGAUAAUUAUAAUUUAUUAGGAAUAUUGUUUGAUAUUUCAUAUAUUAUAUAUGAUAAAUUUUUUCAAAUUCAGCAAAUAAAAAUCAUUUGUCAAAAUAUAUAUGUGGUUAUUACAAAAUUGAUAGGAAUUCAUUUAAGAAGUAAAUACAAAAUAAAUAUUUCGAUUUAUGAUAUAUUUUUUACUAGUAAUAUAAUUGCAUAAAAUUUUUGUUCAAUAAAAAAUAAUAAAUUUUCACGAUUAAUAGUGAAUCAAUUUCAAUUUUUGAUACCCUUUUAAAAUUGUUCAAAAAUUUGUAACUAAGAAUAUAAGAUAUAUUGCUGCCUUAAUAAGAAAAUAAUAAUUAAAAAAUAUACAAUUUUUUUUCAUUGGGAAGAAUUCCUAUUACUUUUGAAUAAACCAUUGAAAAACGUGCCAAACUUUCUAAAAUAAAAGAAAAAAAAAAUUAUGUAUAGUAAGUAGUGAGAGUUUUUAAGAAAUAAAAUCAAGUGAUGUAACUGUAUUGUACACUUUCGGAUAUAUUUGUAAGAUAUAAUUUAUAUAAUUAUUGUGCACCAUAUAAGAUUUGAGAAAUCAAGUAUUACUACUAUUUUUGCACAAAGAAAAGCCUUGUGAUAUCAGGGAUAUAUAUAUAUAUAUUAUAUCUAAUAUCAUUACAUUAACAUUCUUGUAGAAACGAAUCUUUUUUUAAACAUGAAAAAUUAAGACAUUGAUAGUUAUAAAAAUACUCAAAAUCAAUAUAUAAUAGAGAUCAUGCUAUCAUCAUAUUUUAUCAUAGUUUCAUUCAACAAAUUGAUAAAUAUUUUUAAUCUCUCAUAAUUAUAUUAGAUAAAAAAAAAGAUAAACAUAAAAUAUUCAGUAAGUUGUAUAGUAAUUGUUAGAAAGAUUAAAAUAUUUUAUAGUAUUAAAAUUUCUAUCUUUUGAAUAGCGAUUUGUAUGAAUAGAUAAGUAGAAAUUAAUUGUGAAUUGUGAUUGAGAAUUAAGAAGUGAAUCAUAAUGUUAAAAUAUUUAUAACUUUUAUGCACAUGUUACUGUUAGCAUAGAAAUUGUAUUAUUUUAAUAAGAUAUAAUUAUGAACAUCGUUUGUUCCCCAUACUUAAUUUUAUUGUGAUAGCUAUCAAUUUAUUUGAUUAAAAAUUGAAACAAAAUAUUUUAAAUAUUAUAAUUUAUAGAAUAUCAUAAUUUAGAAUAUUAUAAUUUAUAGAAUAUCAUUAUAAAAAAACUGUGACAAGAUAUGAAUUUAUACUAUUUUAUAUGUAUAUGCUGAGAAAAUUUAAGUAAUUUUCUUUGAUAACUACAGUCAAAGAUUUUAUGUAUCACUUCAACAUAUCUGAGUAUAAUAUAACUAAACUCUUAUAAAAUUUUGUGUAACAUAAUAUUUGGAUCAUAUCAUAUAUUAAAUAAAAAAUGUAAUAUUUCUUUAUAACAAAACCUCCAAUAUAAAAUAAAUCAUUAUAUUACUAAA